GACGUCACAGAAAUAUAAAUUAAGUAAACUAGAAAUUAUACAAAAUAUUGUGUAUUUGCAGAGGAGAAAAUAUGUGCUAACAACAAUGUUAUAAAGUUAUUACAACAUUCUUUUGAAUGCAAAACUCUUCUUUUGCAAAUAUAAACACCACAACAAUACCCCUAUAAGAUUCCACAAUUUCUAGAGUUAAUAAAAGCAAUCAGCGACAACAACGUCAUUAGAGUGUUUCAAAUUGGCUCGUCAUCUUUAUCUAUGGUUUCAUUGAUUAACCGUCAUUUUUGCAUCAUCAAUCGAAGCUACCAUAACCACAGCAACUCAACGGAAUUGCUAAAAAAGAUGUUAAAUAAUUUGCCUUUCUUUGCGUGCGGUAAAAUUGUAUCAGGAUUUGGUAGAGGUUCCAAAGAUUUGGGCAUACCCACAGCCAAUUAUCCAUUGGAAGUAGUGAAAUCGCUGCCUGAAGCUAUACAACCAGGUGUAUAUUAUGGCUGGGCUAAUGUGGACAAUGGGCCAGUGUGUAAAAUGGUAAUGAGCAUAGGCUGGAAUCCGUUUUACGACAAUAAAGAAAAGAGCAUGGAAACCCAUAUAUUACACCCUUUCAAUCGAGAUCUAUAUGGGAGCCUUUUGAAAGUUUGUAUCGUUGGCUACAUAAGGCCCGAAGAGAAUUUUAAAAGCCUAGACGCCCUAAUUGCCAGAAUAAAAGAGGAUAUUGCACAAGCUGAGGAAUUGCUGGAAACAAACGAGACAAAUAGGUUAUUAAAAGAUCAUAAAUAUUUUUCGGAGAUUAAUUGUGUAAAUAACGGCAAAUAAUGACUAUGAUGCAAUGACAGAUAAUAUUAAAAUCGAAAAAUCGACUAA